UAAGACCAAUCUUAAAACAUGUGCAGACGUAGUGGUGGAUGUCAUUCCAUAUGCGUCCAAUUAUUUUUCACUAAACCUUGGAAACGGUCGGACAAGGAUCUUUUUGUCUUGCUGGCACCAGCUUGCAGUGACCCCGUAACACAGCUGGGAGAUAUCGGACGAGAAUGGAAUGUUCCCGUUAUAACAUCCGGUGGUACGGAUAGUGUUAUGGACAAUAAAAUCCGAUUUUCGACACUUUUCCGUUUGGCUCCGUAUCAACAACAAGGCCUAAUAGAUUCGGUUAUCGGCCUGUUUCUUUAUUACAACUGGACCAACGUUGCUAUGAUCUGCGACGAUGGCGCCACAGAAUUCGCCACUUUUCUCCUGAUUUGCAAACUUUUACCGACAGUUCUCAUCAGAGCCCCGUUUUCAAUGACUCUUCUGAAGUACAACUUUAAAAUCAAUCCCGAUUACCGGAGAUACCUCUUGGAAGCAUCGGCGAAAAGCCGCAUUUUCUUCAUCAGCACACACGCUUCUCGAUUACGCAAACUUCUGGCGUUCGUUGCUGUGCUUCCUUUUGCGUCACCGUUUAUCGGGAGAGCGACAUGGAGGUUUGGCGACCCAGAUGACGAAAUUGUUCGCAUUAUUUACCGCUACCUGCUGUUUGUGUCCUGUCCAACGAAUAAAAAUCCGGCAGCUAAUAAUUUAAAUGAGAGAAUUAAGAACCGAACAUUGGAAUCGUAUGGUUUGAAAUAUGACUGGGAUGAAGAGGUCACGAUGUAUGCCAGCAGUUACUAUCUUGGGAUCCAAGUUUUGGCGCAGACGCUGGUCAGUGACAAUUUUCUGAAUCGCGUUAACCCGAUCCUCGGUACCGACUUGAGAAGAGCCAUGUGGAACCGCACUUACGAUACGGAACUGGGCAGAUACCGCAUCAACGCCAACGGCGACUUAGACAAUGAGUACGGGAUAAAAGGCAUCGUGGACGAAAGCGAAGACUUCCAGGUGUUUCUGAAGCUGAACAGAAGUGCGGGGCGUUUGUUCAAAAUUAUGAAUGACAGCUGGCCACUGAAUGGGACACUUCCACGGAAUCGUCCAAAGUGUGGCUAUACCGGCGAGGAUCGAAAGUGCCUAAUCGGAUCCAAUCUUCUACUCAUUGCCGCUGUGACUUUGUGUUCGUCGUGUUCGGUGGUUUUGCUGUUAGCACUUGCUGGAUUUCUUCGGCUGAAACGAUAUCAGCGGCUGCAUAGUGUUGACUGGCUGAUACCUGCCACGGAGGUCAAAAGGCAGUUUUCAAUGAAAACUAUGUCGUCGGACAUGCCACGAAUCUCGUACUCCGCGAAAGGAAACGAAACGUGCCACAAAGUGUGCUUGUAUCGCGACAAUAAGGUAUGGUGCCGGGUAAUCGACGGUCCAGCUUUUACAUCAGCUCAACGCUCAUGGGCAGACUUUAUAAGAUGCACCAACCAGCGCAAAUCGAUCAAGCACUCCAAUAUAGCAAAUUUCAUUGGCGUGAUACUAGAGAAGAGUGAGCUCGCCAUCGUAACCGAACAUUUUCAAAAAGGGUCCGUAAAUCAGCUCAUCAACUACAGGACAUCAUUUCUCGAUAGUCUGCUAAAAAUCGCUUUCCUCACUGAUAUUGUCCAGGGUCUUUCUUACAUUCACGCUUCAAGCGUUAAAGCUCACCGGUCGUUAAAAAGCCCGAACUGUAUGGUCACCAACCAGUUAACGAUAAAAUUAACUGACUUUGGCUGGCCAUCGCAGCAGACCACGGACGUUAAGGAAUCCCUUAAUCAGCAUUUGUUCAACCGAUUGCUUUGGACCGCUCCCGAAGUUCUGCGCUCGGCUGGUGCUUUGCUCACACAAGAAUCCGAUGUGUACGCUUUCGGGAUAAUAAUCCAUGAAGUUAUUUUUGCUACACGCCCGUUUGAUCUGCAAGACACGGAUAGUGGCGGACUGUUUGCUGCGAAAGUAAUAGAAUCUGUCCAGCACGGCGCACAAGUGCCGUGCCGACCGGUUGUGCGAGAGACCGAAGACGCAUCCACCUUCCGACCGGAGAUCAUUUCCCUGAUGCAAAAAUGCUGGGCGGAAUCUCCAUCGGAUCGACCAAAAAUUUCACAAGUUCAAGAAGUGUUUAAGAGGCAUUUCCGGUUAAAAGGAGGGAAUUUUGUAGACUUUAUUCUGAAGAAAUUAAGCAAUUAUGCGGAAGAUCUGGAGGACCAAGUUGCCGAGAGGACGCAGAAUCUUCGAGCCGAGAAGAAGCGGUCGGAAGAUUUACUAAGGAAUAUGCUACCUUCGUCGGUGGUAGAUGCCUUGAUUCGUGGUGAAAGCACAGAACCAGAAAUCUUCCAGUGCGCUACCAUAGCGUUUACGUGUAUUAACCAGUUUGGACAGAUCAUAGCUGAUUUGUCGCCUCUUGAUUGUGUCGCCUUGCUCAAUGAGUUCUUCACGCUUUUUGAUCGCCUCAUCAACGAAUACGAUGUAUAUAAAGUGGAAACCAUCGCUGAUAGUUACAUGUUAGCCAGCGGUUUACCAGUACGCAGCGAGAAGAACCAUGCGGAGGAAAUUGGUGUUCUUUGCUGCGCGGCUUUAUCUCGAACGUUGACCGAUACAUUUGCUUCUCACACCUUGCAACUGCAAAUCGGGUUUCAUUCUGGUCAAGUGGCCGCCGGAUUAGUUGGAUUGCGCAUGAAGAGAUACUGUUUAUUUGGCGAUACGGUCAAUAUGGCAUCGCGGAUGACCUCGACAUCCAUGCCUUGCCGUAUUCAAUCCAGCGAUUCAUCCCGAGAUUUACUGGACUGCUCAAACAAAUUGAAAUGUGAACCACGAGGCGAGAUUCCUGUUAAGGGCAAAGGUAUGGUGAAGACAUUCUGGAUUACAUUUAAAGAGGCUAUUGAUACGACGGGCGUGGCCGUGAACGUUCUCUGA